ACUAGGCGUGGCUGCUCUCCUCUUAUCUUACGCCACUCUCGAUCCGACGCCGUUCAGCUCUUUAACCGCAGAGGACAACAUCAACUCUGCAACUUUCCUUCACCUUCUUUUGAGAGCGAAAGCAAUCUCACCAUUGAUAAAAAAUCAGUCAACAGGAGAAUCACUUUCUCUUUGCUUCAAGACAUGUAGAUACUUACAUUGCAUUACAUUUACAGGGUUACUUACUGCACGCUCUGAAUUUCUGUUCCCUUUCCUUUUACUUAUUUUGUCGUUUUUCUCUUUCUGUGCUGUCAUUUUCUUCCCUGACCCACACUAUUCUGGCGUUGUUUCUUUCUGGGAAUUUUUUUCACUCGUAGUGUUUUUUGUACGGCCUUUUUGUUCUUUUUUAUCAUUUUUACUUACUUACACUGCGUAGUCUGGGUUCUUUUGAGCUUCAUUUUUAGCAAAAUAGAUGGGGGUUUUCGGGGUUUUGUAAUGUGGUGGGAGUGGUGGUUUGUGAGUAAAGCUUGUGGAGGUUUUUCGGGUUAGGGUUUCGAUUACAUUUUGCUGUUAGUUUACCAGUGGUGGGAGAAGAUGAAUGAAAACUCAGGGAAAACGGCAACGUGUUUGGCGAUAACAGAGAAGCGGGCACAUAGGCCUGGAGGUUGUGUUGGUAUUUUCUUUCAACUCUUUGAUUGGAACCGUAGAUUUGCCAAGAAGAAGAUCUUCUCCAGGCAACUACUCUCUCCAGCUAGAGCAAAACAAGUUUCAAAAAAGUUUGGAGGGGAUGAGAAGAUGCCCAAAACCAAGCUUCACUUGAUUGUUGAUGAGAACAGCGGGGGCUUCCCGAAUGUUAAGAAAAAUGGUAACCGUAGCAGUACUGUUGAUUUAGAGACCAAGCAUGAGAUGAAAGCUCCGAGUUUGGUUGCUAGGCUGAUGGGUCUUGAAUCAAUGCCGACACUACAAAAAGAUAAGCCCAAGAAACCUUUGUUUUCCGGUUCUUGUGAUGUUAGAGAAGAGAAGUCUGUGAAUGAACAUAGUGGAUCUAACAAGGAAGAUUUGAGUUUGGAGAAAGGUGGUGCUAGGAUUGAAUCUAGGCCUCAGAAGAUACAAAAAACUGGGCAAUCUGAGAGACGGGCAGUGACUAGGUUUGGAGCUGAGGCAUUGCAAAUUAAGAGUGUUUUGUCACGAUCAAGAAGGCAUCAGUCAAAAUUUGCCCCUCCGGUGAAGAGUCCUAGGUUUUCCUCUGCAAGGAAUGUGUCAAGGACCUCUAGGCUGAUUGAUGCUGCUACUAAAAUAUUGGAGCCUGGUCUGCAAGCUACAAAUAGAGCAAAAUCUGCAAUUACUUAUUCAAGUUCAUAUCAUUAUCCUGUCAUGAAUGAGGCUUUUCCUGAGGCAAGAAUGGGGGGUAUUUCACCGGUGUUGUCACAACAAUCUGGCUAUCAUACAAAUGCAAGUAAAUCUUCGAUGGCACAGACUUCUUGUAGAAAUUGUGGUAAUUUCCUUGAUGUAGUGGACUCUCAACCCAAUGUGGAAGAACAACCUUUUGUUUAUUCAUCCCCUGCUUCAAAUUUAGUCAAUAUCUCCUCUCCAGGUUCUGGAAAGAGCAGAUCAAAGCUACCCGUAUCUUUUACUGACAGUGAAAGAGUUGCCAAUUUUCAGCAGUGUGAUCAACCUAUAUCUCUGGUUGUUGUCGAAAAGGAUAACGGCAUCCUGCGAUCAGCUAGGACACCUCAAGAUAGGAAGCUUCCAUUGCAAGAAGGCCAAGCUCGGGGGCAUUUGGCAGGCCAGCAACGUAAGCCUCAGAAUGAGGAACCAUCUUCUUUUAAUUUUAAGCAAAAAUCUCAAAACCAAAAUCGGAUGUCUUUGGAUGGAGAUAGGAUCCCCUCUAGGGCCAAACUGACUAAUCUGCAAAGCAAGAGAGUUUCUUCACCGGUAAAUACUGUUUCAGGGGCCAAAGAUUUUGUUGCUUUAAACCAAAGUUUAAGUGGUCGCACCCGCACCAGGAUUCCUACCAAACUAGAGAACUCUACUUCUGAUGUGGUGAGAAAAUCUUGUAACCAGCAAGAUGAUUCUUUAUCACAGUCAAGGACCCCAGUAAGGAAGAGGAGGACUGUUGGUCUAAAUGGAGAGGUUGAAAGUACUGGCUUGGUCAAUUCCAAGCUAGGAAAACAAAGAAAUGUUAGGUGCAAUGUGCGGAGUGGAAAAGAGAUAGGUCAAAAUGCACGCACUAUGGACCAGAAUUCUACCAAAAGUAGAGCAGCUAGGCACAGGGAUGGAUGUAUAACUAAUGGAAAUAAGGAAAGUGAUGUUAUUUCUUUUAUAUUUAAUUCUUCAAUUAGACACAAGAAAGGAACUUCCCCUGAGGUGAAAGAGCAAAUCAAGGAUGAAAACGACUUUGGCGGUAGGAAUGCAUGCUUGCAAAAGGCAGUGGAUAAAAAUGAUGGCUUCUCUCUGCAAAAGCAAUGGCCGUUGAGAGGAGAUGUUUUAGGUGCUCUGCUAGGGGAAAAAUUGAAGGAAUUAGCUUCACAAGAGGAUGAAUUGAUGGCAGCAGGUUCCUCACCUAAGAGAUCCACCGCCAUGAUUCUUCAAGAGCUUAUAUUGGCUUUGACUGCAGAUCAGUCUAUCCCUCAAGAUGGUCAUGUGCUCGAUUCAGAUGUAGCUUUCCAGACCAAACCAAAGACAAAAGGGACUUUGGUUGGAUUUGUACGAGAUGAUGAUCAUCUUAGUCCUGGUUCUGUUCUUGAAGCUUCAAUUUUGAAUGACAACUGCUUCCCCAGUAGCCUAGAUGGUAGCUCAGCACAUAGGCUGCAUCUUGUUACCACGGAUUACUCCCAAGAUCAGUUACAACCAACAGAACCUGAUGCGGACCUGCUAGAUUCUGCAACCUCAUUAAGCAAAGGAAGGGCUGGUAAUCAAAUGGUGAUUGAACUUAUAAACCAAAUUUCUAGAUUGCUGCAUGGCAUCAAUUAUACUGGUCUAGGGUUAACAGGAAACAAGGUAAAUUAUGCAAGAGAUGUUAUCUUGAAUGCUGAGCUGUUGUUUGGAAAUUCGAUUCUUCUACAUUCUGCUGGAGUGAGAGACUUUCUUGUAUCUCCAUUUUUACUUGAUGAGCUUGAAGUUCUUGCUACUGCUAUGUGGCCAAAUUUUAAUUGCCUUCUUGGGUUUGAAGAGACAAAAGAGGGUGCUCAGCUUAGAGGAUUUCUCUUUGACUGUGUGAUAGAAUGUUUUGAUGUAAACUAUAGUCGACACUGUAACUCUGGAUUCAAAGCUUGGACAAGAUUACCUUUACGCCUGAAAGCAGAGAUGCUGAUUCGAGAGGUCGGGGAGGAGGUUAUAAGGUGGACUCAUUUUGCUGGUAUGACUCCUGACGAGAUAAUAGAAUGUGAAAUGAGUCAUUCUUUGGGGAAAUGGACAGAUUUUUAUAUAGAAGCAUUUGAAACUGGUGCUGAGAUUGGCCUGGAGAUACUCCAAAUUAUGGUUGAGGAGAUUGUGAUAGACAUCUGGGAGUGCAAAUUCUUCUGAAUUUCAUGAAGCCCCUCUGUGAGUUUCUUUUGUUAGGGAGGUGGUAUUUUUUUUUGUACAAAUCGAAGGAAUGGUGUUUAUUAACUAGAGGCAAUUGGAUUUGUAGAGAGCAUUGUAUGUAUGUAUGCAUAUGCUUCACAAUAGCCAAGGAGCUCUGAGUAGUCUUCACAUGUAAACAUGAUUAUAUCACAAGAUAUUCAGAGCUUUACAAUCUAUCAAAAACAGAGUUAAAAAAUGAAAAAACUUCUUGAACCGUGUUCAA